CGAAGUGUCAGCUCGGCCCUGCUUGGCACAGCAGUGGACGUGGAACGGUUAGUGUAUUCCCCGCUGUCAGUGAUGUAUCCGUCACCGUGAGAAAGCAGACAUUUGUACAAAGACUGCAGAAUAUACUACAAACCAAUGAAGGAAGCUUUCGCUUGACCUUGGACUCCGCCGGUGAAGGAAAUAAUUAUGGCUCCGAUGGGCAUUCGGCUGUCGCCGCUCGGCAUAGCCGUGUUCUGCUUACUGGGAAUCGGUGUGAUCUAUCACCUCUACGCGGGAGUUUUAUCCAGCAGAUUCGCCUCGUUCAGACAGAAGCCGAAUGUGGAUCUGAGAGACCUGCUCGCGCUGUCCAUGGAGGCUGCGGUGCAGGGCGGACGGGAGGUGAAGAGGAUCAGGGAGGACAACACACUGGAGGAGAAGUCAAAGGGCAAAACAAAAGAAGGGGCCAGUGAAAAGCUCACGCUGGGUGAUCUGAACUCCCACCGCAAGAUGUUCUACCUAAUGAAGAACACCUACCCUUAUAUACAGGUGAACUCAGAAGAACAUGUGAACGCAGAGGGUGAGGCCACUUUGUGGACACGCAUCAUCCCUGAUGAAAUUCUGGCUAAGAUCUCAGGGGGGAAGGAGGUUCCUGCAGACAAGAUCACAGUGUGGAUCGAUCCACUGGACGCCACUCAGGAAUACACAGAAAAUCUCCGAAAGUAUGUCACCACCAUGGUGUGUGUGGCUGUGGAUGGGAAUCCUGUUAUAGGCGUGAUCCACAAACCUUUCACUGGGUACACAGCAUGGGGUUUUGUUGGAGAAGGAUCCAAUGUGGUGCCUCGUGCUUCCUACAACACAAACCCUCCUAAGGUGAUUGUCUCACGCUCGCAUUCGGGCAAGGUGAAGAGCUUCGUUCAGGCUGCCUUUGGCAACAAUACGGAAAUUAUACCAGCAGGGGGCGCAGGAUAUAAGGUAUUGGCUCUUCUAGACUCCAAUGAUAAGGAACAAGAGAUGGCCGACAUGUACAUCCAUGUGACAUACAUCAAAAAGUGGGAUAUCUGUGCGGGCGAUGCCAUCUUGAGGGCUCUUGGUGGUCAAAUGACAACUCUGAAAGGAGAGCAGAUUGAUUACUCGGGGUCAGAAGGAAACACAGGCGGCCUGCUAGCCAGCAUCAAAACUGACCACAAAGGAUUGGUGAAAAAACUCCCACCUUGGGAAGAGAACAAACAAUAAUAAAUCACCGCCCGGUCCUUUCUCCAACACUCCCAUGUUCUUCAGUACCACACAGGUGUGUAGAAAUAUGAGGAAUAAGCUUGUGAUACGAGACGGCUGAUCCAACACCGGUAGUUCAGUUUAAUGUGUAAAGAAUACCCAAAUGACUUUGAGAACUGUUCGAUUUUACACAAAGGAAGCGUGCCUUUGGCUUGUACGAAUCAUUAGUAUGACACAAUUUAAAGAAUGUUUAAGUGUAAAUGAAGUAAAAAUACGGGGGUCAAAUCAUGAGGUCACCUUAUUUUAAUAAAAGGUGAACUAGUAGCUCUAUUUCAUGUUUGUUUUUUGAGGAUGUCGUUUUCAGACUGGUUUUGGAUGAAGAUUUAACUGUGAAUCCAGAUAACUUGAAUAUGACGUCCUUGUGCGUAGCACUACUAAGCAUAAUUGACAACAUUGUUCCCCUUCUGAUGGCGUUUUUUCGGUUUUCUGUCAGAUCUCAGUUUGUACAGUUUAUACACUGAUACCUGAAUUGCUGUGUGAUUAGACUACAGAGGUUUAAGUACCAUUUGUAAAUAAAAGUAUAUAAUAUAGUAUGUUGUUUAAAGUUUGAAAUCCUCUUUUGUUUCUAAGGAAAGUUGGAAGUUAAAAUGGAUUUAAUGGAGUAGUAACUCGGAAGUCGUCAUUCAGAUGUUGAUCUAUCGUAGGGUUUUUCACUGUGAUUGACAAUUUAAAAACGUAUUUUUGUAUUCCUACCCUUUCAAUGAUUGUUUGUUGAGUCCACUUGGAUAGUCAUAGUACUGUUUCCCUUCUGACAAAAACAUUGUGUGCAUGAAAAAAGAGAAUAAUGGGGAGGGGGAAAAAACUGCAUGUGCCCUUUUACAGAUCUUGUCUGAAAUUUGAGGCAUGUUAUUUGGAAUCACAUUGAUUGACGUCAUCAUUCUGCCUUUAAUAAAUAAAGUAUAUGGGUUUUAUGAAAAA